AUACCAGCAAUAUUCCGUUCGUAGACGGCUUCUCCGCCCGAUGAAAAGCAUCCUCUCCUAGACUCCGCAAAGGAGCCUCUCCCUUCCUCUCAUGGAGUCGCUUGCCUCGCAAGCGAAACCGGCAGCCGUUCUCUGGCUCGCCGGGUUCCUCCAGGCCGCGCGCCUUCACCGCGUCUUCUUCUUCUGCGCCAGAUCGAGGCCUUUAUCAAUCAGAAUCGCGCAGUGCUUCCUGCUCAACGGAUUCAUCUUCCUGGGGAGCUUGCUAACCCUGAAAUCGGCGGUUAUUCCAACUAUUUUGUGGAUACUACCUGAGGAAUGUGAUCAAUUGCGGGGACAUCUAUGUGAUCACACAGCAGCUGUUGCUACCUAUUCAUUCUUACGUUCUGGACUUGUCGAGAUUUUUUAUGUAUUUUGGUUUUACCCGCUUUACAUCUUCAGCUUCAUAAUAAGCACACUUUGGUAUGGUGACAUCGCUAAGCAUGCUUUGGAUGUUGUGAAAAGUAAGAAGCUGGAUGCAAGUCGGGCAUUCGACGCUGACACUGACAAAACAUCUGAAUCAGCAGAUAGGCCUGAAGGAUUUGAUGGGCUUGCAAUUGGUGUUGGAGAGCAGGUCUAUUCAAUACUUCUUUUGACUAUAUUCUUUGCUGAGGUUACAGUGGUUGGUUACAUACCUUACCUUGGUAAGGCAAUGAACUUCCUGUUACUCUCUUUGAUGUAUGCCUAUUACUGCUUCGAGUAUAAGUGGAACUUCUUUGCAGUGAAUCUGAACCACCGGCUUGAUUUCUUCGAGUCAAACUGGGCUUUCUUUGCGGGAUUCGGUAGUCCAUGUGUACUUCCGAUUUUCUUUCUCUCGCCCCUUGCAAGUUAUGGUGUGAUGGCAAUACUUUACCCAUUGUUUGUCAUGACCGCUGCUGGUACACAAGCAGAGCAAGAAAUUGAUGAACUGAAACCUUUGCAUGGAGGGAAACUGAAAAGAAUACCUUUGUUCUUUCUGGCAAAGCGAUUAGCGACGCAACUGCUCCAGUUGUUUCCAGAGGCACAAAAAGAACAAUGAAUAGCCCACAUGAAUACAUGAUCACAUCAAGGGAAACCAGAUACUGUGAUGUGCUUCUGACCACUGCUUCUCUUGAAGGUGAAUAGUUCACCGGAAGCCCAGCUGCUCGUCUGCGCCACCACAAUGUAAAUAUUACGUAUGUAAUUUCACUGCCUCUGUACAUAACAUACGGGGUGUUCGUUGUGACUGCAAGAUGUUGCUCCUGCCUUUUUCUACUCCCUGCAACGGCUGAACUUCAAUAGUUCCAAUGCAGGAACGUAUUACUAGCAUUUUUGUUCUUUCUCGUUUAUGCUUUGUCAAGGGGGAGGGAUAAGUGUCUAGUUCAUUUAUUGCAGGCAUUGUUGAAGGACGAAGGAUAGAUGGCGAUGAGUUCCUUUGUUUUCUUGGCUUAAAAGUUCCUUUGUUUUCUUU